AUGAACCACAUGUGUCCAAGCACAGCCUUCGACACGUUCACUGUAACCAUAUACCACAUGUGGCCAAGCACAGCCAUCGACACGUUGACUGUAACCAUGUACCACAUGUGGCUAAGCACAGCCAUCGACACGUUCACUGUCACCAUGUACCACAUGUGGCCAAGCACAGCCAUCGACACGUUCACUGUCACCAUGUACCACAAGUGGCCAAGCACAGCCAUCGACACGUUCACUGUCACAUGUACCACAUGUGUUCAAGCACAGUCAUCGACACGUUUACUGUCACCAUGUGCCACAUGUGUCCAAGCACAGCCAUCGACACGUUCAUUGUCACCAUGUACCACAUGUGUCCAAGCAAAGUCAUCGACAUGUUUACUUUCACCAUGUACCACAUGUGUCCAAGCACAGCCAUCGACACGUUCACUGUCACCAUGGACAGCCAUCGGCACGUUUACUGUCACCAUGUACCAUAUGUGUCCAAGCACAGUCAUCGACACGUUCACUGUCACCAUGUACCACAAGUGUCCAAGCAUAGCCAUUGACACGUUCACUGUCACCAUGUACCACAAGUGUCCAAGCACAGCCAUCGACACGUUCACUGUCACCAUGAACCAUAAGUGUCCAAGCACAGCAAUCGACACGUUCACUGUCACCAUGUACCACAAGUGUCCACGCACAGUAAUCGACACGUUCACUCUCACCAUGUACCACAAGUGGCCAAGCACAGCCAUCGACACGUUCACUGUCACCAUGAACCACAUGUGUCCAAGCACAGCCAUCGACACGUUCACUGUCACCAUGUACCAUAAGUGGCCAAGCACAGCCAUCGACACGUUCACUGUCACCAUGUACCACAAGUGUCCACGCACAGUAAUCGACACGUUCACUCUCACCAUGUACCACAAGUGGACAAGCACAGCCAUCGACACGUUCACUCUCACCAUGUACCACAAGUGGCCAAGCAAAGCCAUCGACGCGUUCAUUGUCACCAUGUACCACAAGUGGCCAAGCACAGCCAUCGACACGUUCACUGUCACCAUGUACCACAAGUGUCCAAGCACAGCCAUCGACACGUUCACUCUCACCAUGUACCACAAGUGGCCAAGCACAGCCAUCGACACGUUCAUUGUCACCAUGUACCACAAGUGUCCUAGCACAGCCAUCGACACGUUCACUGUCACCAUGUACCACAAGUUGCCAAGCACAGUCAUCGACACGUUCACUGUCACCAUUCACGUGUACCAAAAGUGUCCAAGCACAGCCAUCGACACGUUCACUAUCACAUAA